AUGUUGCAGAAGACUUAUGGUGAUUCAGCACUAUCAAAAACCUGUGCAUAUGAGUGGUACAAAGCCUUCAAGGAGGGUCGAGAAGUCGUCGAAGACUUGCCUCGUUCUGGACGCCUGUCGACAAGUUUGACCGAAGAUAACAUCGAAAAAGUGAAGGAAAUUGUACUCGAAAACCGUUAUUUCAGCUUAAGAGAGGUAGCACACGAACUUAACAUGUCCCAUGAGUCCGUUCGUUCGAUCUUGGUCGAUAAUUUGGGCAUGAGACGCGUCGCCGCAAAACUCGUUCCAAAAGACCUGAAUAAGCCGUCUCACCGAGCUACGAUUGUUGGUACAACUGUCCUUAAUUAUGAUGCCAAGUUAGAGUGGAAUCUGUCAACCAGUGUGUUUACAACAGCUGGUUAA